AUGUCUGAUAAAUUAUCGUCAUCUCUUGCAGACGUGUCUGAUUUGGAUAUAUCAGGGACAGCGAACAUGUCAUCUCCACAGAACUAUGUUAACGCGCAGCGUCCAAAGAGAGUCACGGACUCUCCACUACAGACGAGACCUGCAUCUCCGUACACGCUAAACCCUCCAAUUGACUCUGACGGGUUAUCAUGGCCUAGUCUUGGAGCUCGCUCCCGUAUCGAGGAGGAUGAGACCCAGCUGGCUGCACGUGAGCAGAGAAUCAGCGAUGCCGUCAAGGUCAUUCUCACAGAGCUAGGAGAAGAUGUGACAAGAGAGGGCCUGCUGGAGACGCCUGAGAGAUAUGCCCGUGCAAUGCUGUUCUUCACCAAGGGUUACGAGGAUAACAUCCGCGAUGUCAUCAAGAGAGCAGUGUUCGAGGAAGACCACGAUGAGAUGGUGAUUGUUCGUGAUAUUGAGAUCUUCUCCCUGUGUGAGCACCAUCUGGUGCCCUUCUUCGGUAAGGUUCACAUAGGCUACAUCCCAAAUAAGAAAGUGUUGGGAUUAUCCAAGCUGGCCAGAUUGGCUGAGAUGUACGCUAGAAGAUUCCAAGUGCAGGAAAGAUUGACGAAGCAGAUCGCAAUGGCCCUGAAAGAGAUCCUGAAACCACAAGGUGUUGCGGUUGUCAUAGAGGCAACUCACAUGUGUAUGGUUUCUCGUGGUGUUCAGAAAUCGGGGUCAUCAACGGUGACGAGCUGUAUGCUUGGAUGUUUCCGUGAAGCCCAGAAGACUAGGGAGGAGUUCUUGGGUCUCUUGGGUAAAAGAUGA